CAGCAGCAGGCACAUUACUGAACACCUGGAUUAUUUGCAUAACACAUAUUGACAGUGUUAUCGACCAAUGAGAACAAAGCAUAUGCUGCCUCUGACGUCUGAUUUAGCUUUUCCAGAUGCAAGUACAGAACAAAAAACCUACAAACGUCGUAAAUUUUCAUGGAGUGAAUCAGUGAAGGAUGAUGGCAUUUGUUUCAGAACAGCUUCUAGCCGCUCUGGAUGAUCUAGUCACAGAUGAACUGAAGAGGUUUAAAUGGAGCUUAAAGAAUUAUUACAGUGUUUCAGCUGCUGCUCUGGAGAAGGCAGACGCUCCUGACACAGUGGAUCUGAUGAAGAAGCGUUUUGGACCAGAAGAAGCUGUGAAGAUCACGGUGGACAUCCUGAGGAAGAUGAACCUAAACCAUCUGGCUGAAGAGUUAGAGAAGAAACACAAGCAAGAUACAGCUCAGGCUGAGGGUAGCAUUGAGGAUCCUGCCCCUGUUGGAGCUGGAUCAAAACAGAUCAAUGAAACAUUCAUCAACAUUGUUCCCAGGACCAGGAACCACUUCCUACAAUAUUCCCAUCAGUUCACUCUGGAUCUGAACACAGCACAUAAACUCCUCCGUCUGUCUGAGAGCAACAGAGUGGUUACUUACAGCAACACUGUCCAGCCGUAUCCUGAUCAUCCAGACAGAUUUGAUGUUUGGGAGCAGGUGUUGUGUAGAGAGAGUGUGUGUGGACACUGUUACUGGGAGCUGGAGUGGAGUGGACGUGUGUAUAUAUCAGUGUCAUAUAAGAGCAUCAGCAGGAAGGAACAGGGUUAUGAGUGUGUGUUUGGACGUAAUGAUCAGUCCUGGAGUUUGUUCUGCUCUCCCUCCAGUUACUCAUUCAGACACAAUAACAUAGAGAUUGAACUCCCUGUGGUGUCCAGAUGCCAUAGAAUAGGAGUGUAUGUGGAUCACAGAGCAGGAACUCUGUCCUUCUACAGCGUCUCUCACACAAUGAGCCUCAUCCACACAGAACAGACCACAUUCACUCAGCCGCUCUAUCCUGGGUUCGCUGUUUAUAAAGGAUCAGUGAAACUGUGUUGAUAUAUCACAGGGUUCCUCAAAUCUUUCCCUGGAGGGCCAAUCUGCUGCAGAGUUUAGCUCCGACCCUGAUCAAACUCACUACCUGUGAUUUUCUAAUGGUCUUGAAGACACUGAUUAGCAUGCUCAGGUGUGUUUGAUUAGGGUUAGAGCUAAACUCUGCAGGAAAGUGGAUCUCGUGGGCCAGAUUUGAGGAUCCCUGAUGUAUCAUAAUGGAUUAUAGAGCCUCCUCUUUUCUCUUCAUGAUUUUAAUACAAAAAAUGAACUUCAGUCACUGAAUUAACAUGUCAGAAUUAAUGUGUGUAAUAAAUCCUCAUAUAAAUAAACGUCCUUCUCAUUAUAAGAAGAGUAUCUAUUGAAACCAAUCUGCAAGAAGCAAGAAAUUGUACAAACACCUUCAGGAAGCCAAUAAUGAGCAGUUACUCAAAUUUUUUAAACUUUUACAUGCAAGGGGAAACACACUUAAACAAAAUAAAUAAAU